AUGAGUCGUGGUCAAAAAUUUGCACGAUUACUUCAAUAUCUUGAAACAUGUUCGAAAAGUGUAAUGCACCAAGACGCAAUCGUUUCUGCUGUACAAAGUAUUCGUCAAAUUGAAACAAUUAUGACACCAAUUCAAUUUCAUCCAAAUCAAGUCUUCGAUGAAACAAAACAUAUUGUAGAUGUGAUCGCUAAGAAAUAUCUUGAAAAGGCGACUGAUGAUGUGCACAAGCUUGUUCCAGUCGAAGUCGCUGCCGAUGGAAAUUGUUUGUAUAGUUCUAUUCUUGUUCUAAUGAAUAACCCAGCGGCGACACAGAGUGAAUUGCGUGGUAUGUAA